AUGUACUUGGUUUCUUUGAUGUUUGGCAUCCAGUCGCUUAGCUUUGACCCGCUGGAGCAUUUGGAGACUUUCAGCGGAUGCAUGUCAAUCACCCGCGCAGAGUGGGAGGCGCGCAGGGCGGCAGUGCCCAUGGAUGUGGUAUUGUCCUCUGACCACGACAUCCUGUCGGAUGUUGGCUAUGCCAAUAUGCUGCACCAGGUUCUUCGGUUACGACCGGGGAGCGGAAAAUUCACAGCUCCUGUUUGUUCGACGUGGGUGUUCAUGUCGAGGGGCAGUACAGGUCGCUCUUCUCAACGGCCAUUGGGAAAGCAGGAGUACAAGUCAGUGCAGGACGCCAACAUAAUGGUGGCAAGAGUGGUCAUACUCCUGCUGCUUUGUGAGGCUCGCAAAAUAUGGUGGAUGUUGGAGCAGCCAGUCAACUCGCUGCUUGAGAGGCAUCCUUUGUUUGAGGCAUUCCUCCGCUUGCCAUCUGUCCAUGUGCGUAGGCUCACCACUGCUAUGUGUUGGUUCGGUGGCAGAACCAGGAAACCGACGUGGGUGUACAGCAGCCACCCAGAGGUGUCCGAGAUCAACAACUACGCGGACCACUCCCUGAUUCCGGAGAAUACUGCUGAGAUGGUUGUUCACUAUGUGGACUCUUCUGGGAAGCAGCGAAUCAAAGGGGGUGGAGAUUUAAAAGCUUCACAAGCCUAUCCACGAAGGUUUGGAAAGGCUGUGAGCAAGGUGCGAUCCAAGCACGCUGCAAAGCACCGAGCGCAAGCAGCUAAGUUCCUGAGAUUGGCAAAGAAAACGCCAAAUGUCGCCAACUGUGCACCGGCCAUGAACGCCAAGUGGAUGAAGAUGGCCAACUUAGAGCCAAUUUUCAACUUUUUGGCAAAGUAG